GGGAGAUUAAAUAAAGGCUAGAGCAGGGUCAUGGAAUGGCCUUCAUCUUACAGGAUAUUAUGGGUUAAGACUUAAGAUCGAAUCCUGUAUUUGAGGAUGAGUUGGUGGUGAAUGAGAAGGAGGUCUAUUACGAUUACAAUAUCCUAAAGAAUUCUAUUUUCUCAAGAUUUGUGCAAAACCUAUCAGGCGUUGCGCAAGGAUUCGUAUGGAUGGAUCGGACACAGAGUUGGCAGCUUUUCUACACAUCCCAGGCAGAUGAGUGCGAAAAGUAUGCGUUAUGCGGUGAAUAUGUUAUCUGCAACAUCAGUAAGUCUCCUGUAUGUGCAUGCUUGGAAGGAUUCUUACCCAAGUCUCCAAAACAUUGGGAUUCAGCAGAUUGGGCUGAUGGGUGUGUUCGAAGGACUCCUUUGGAAUGCAAUGACGGAGAUGGAUUCCAGCAGCGCAUGAAGGUGAAAUUGCCGGACACAUCUUCUUGCUGGUAUAACAAGAGCAUGAGAGCCUCAAGGAAUGCGAAGGAAUGUGUUUGAAAAACUGCUCCUGCACAGCAUAUGCAAGUUUAGAUAUCAGGAAUGGAGGAAGCGGCUGCCUGCUUUGGUUUGAUAGCCUUGUUGAUAUAAGAGAACUCGGUGAGAGUGGGAAAGACCUCUAUAUAAGGAUGGCCAUUUCAGAAUUAGGUCAUCUUGAGAAAAAGAAACUAGUAGCAAUUAUAGUUGGCUCAACAUUACUAGUCGUGGGAAUGACAAUAGUUGGACUAGUCUCAUACAUAUGGAAGAAGAAAUUCAGAAACCAAGGAAUGACAAAAGGAAAUCAGAUGAAGGAUGGUGACAAUGAAGGUGGGAAGGAAGAUAUGGAGUUACCGAUAUUUGAUUUGGCUGCCAUAGCUAAUGCAAUAGAUAAUUUUUCAAACAACAAGAAGCUUGGAGAAGGUGGCUUUAGAUUUGUGUACAAGGGUACACUGCUAGAAGGGAGAGAUAUAGCUGUGAAGAGGCUUUCAAAGAGUUCUAGAGAAGGAUUGAACGAGUUCAAAAAUGAAGUUAUUUUAAUUGCCAAACUUCAACACCGUAAUCUUGUGAAGCUUCUUGGUUGUUGCAUCGAAGAAAAUGAAAACAUGUUAAUCUAUGAAUACAUGUCCAACAAAAGCUUGGACUCCUUUAUUUUUGUGGUUAUAUGUCUCCUGAGUAUGCGGUGCAUGGACAAUACUCGAUAAAAUCUGAUGUAUUUAGCUUUGGAGUUUUAGUAUUAGAGAUAGUGAGUGGAAAGAAGAACAGGGAAUUU